AUGGUGUACUAUUUCAAGUCAGUAGGAAGUGAUAAAUCCUUUGAGGACUCCCCUCGUCUGCUAUACAUGGGAAAGGAUAAGAUGGAAAAUGAAGAUCUCAUAAAAUACGGACUGGACGAUGAUGUAUGGUUUCAUGUUGACAACCUCAGCUCGGCACACGUCUAUCUAAGGCUGGAACCAGGUGAAAAAUGGGAUCAAAUCCCCGAGGCUAUUCUUGUUGACUGUGCCCAAUUGACAAAGGCCAACUCAAUACAAGGGAAUAAGAGAGAUAACGUUACUGUGAUAUACACUCCAUGGAGAAACCUUCGUAAGACAAAGGGAAUGGCUGAUGGAGAAGUUGGUUUCAAGAAUGAAAAGUCCGUGAAGAAGAUCCAUAUUCAGUUCCGUGAGAACUCUGUGAUCAACAGGCUACAGAAGACGCGUGAAGAGAUUAAAGGCCGUGAACACCUUAUUGUCGCAAGAAAUGCGAGAGACCGUGAUGCCGUGAACAGAUUGUUGGAGAAGCAGAGAAAGGAGAAGGAAGAGGCCGAACAGGAAAAGCUUAGAAUAGCAGAGGAGAGGAAAAGACGUGAAACCAUGUAUGACGACUUGUUUGCUGACCAAGAUGAAAUAGAAAAGAGCAGUAAUCAAAGAAGGAUGUACGAUCCAGAAGAGGACUUUAUGUAA